UCUUCAAAAGUUCCAUCGACCUUAGAACUCCUGCCACAAAAAAAAAAUCGGAUCUUUCCCGUUUUAGCAAACUCUCGAAACCCGAAAUCACUGCCAAGAGUAGCACUCGAGCAGCGAUCAUGGCGGUGGAGAUGUUUCAAGUGCCGGAUCUAGCGUUCCUCGACUCCGUCCGGAGUUACCUUUCCGAGGAUUCCGAGUGUUGGCCGUGCGAGCCGCCGGCCCGAAACUGCUACGGCGCUGGAGCCCCGGCGUUCCGCCGGAGCACCAGCUUCAGCAGCCUGGACCCGUGUCUGACUGAGACCUGGGGCGAAUUGCCACUCAAGGAAGAUGACCCCGAAGACAUGGUCCUCUACGGGGUCCUCCGCGACGCCGUCACGGUCGGAUGGGCGCCGUUUCAGCUGAGCGGGCCGCCCGAUGCCCGCCGUGCCGGGUUGGGGAUGACCCAGGUGGUUAAGCAGGAGCUGGCUUCUUCGCCGGAUUGCGCCGCCGCAGCUGCAGCCCCUCCGACGGAGAAGGCGGCCGUGGCGGCGGUCCCGGCGAAGGGGAAGCAUUACAGGGGGGUGAGGCAGCGGCCGUGGGGGAAGUUCGCGGCGGAGAUUCGCGAUCCCGCUAAAAACGGAGCUCGGGUUUGGCUCGGGACUUACGAGACCGCGGAGGACGCCGCGCUGGCUUACGACUGUGCCGCUUACCGGAUGCGCGGCUCGCGGGCGCUGCUGAAUUUCCCGCUGCGAGUCAACUCCGGCGAGCCCCACCCGGUUAGGGUGACUUCGAAGCGGUCGUCGCCAGAGCCGUCGCCAUCCUCCUCCUCCUCCUCCUCCUCCUGCUUAUCCUCGCUGUCGUCGGAGAACGAGGCCUCGAAGAGGAGGAAGAAGGCGGUAGGGCCGGCGGGUCGGGCGACGGCCCAAGCCGGGUCGGAGCAAGUGGGGGGAACGCCGAUGCCGUGAAUGGAUCUUUGCAAUUCGGUGGACGAGUGGCAAUGUGGACAAGUGGCGAGCAGCUACUGGUCAGUGGAUGCGGACA